CUCUUGCACACAGGACAUCCUCAUGGCAUAAGACCGACCAUUAUUGUCCCGUGCAGUCACCAUGGCCAACAUUGGCCAGAAGAGAAACCACGGGGAAUGCCACAAUAAGCCAGCCAAAAAAGUCCAUUUAGACAACUCAGUGUCGGCCAACGGUCAUGGCUUUAAAAAUUCCCCGGCCGACAAUGCACUGCUUCCACCACUGCCGUUCAUUGGGGAUCAAUACAGAAAUACCGUCUUUACCCAUCAAAGCACGGCUGGUGCCACCGGUGACAGCUAUGACCGACUCGAGUUCCUAGGAGAUGCCUACCUUGAAUUGAUAGCAUCCCAACUCAUCUUUGAACGACUUCCCACCCUUCCUGUUGGACGCAUGUCCCAAGUCCGUGAAUCCAUGGUCAAGAACGAAACCAUCGGUCAGUAUUCGGUGCUUUAUGGUUUUGACCGACAGCUCAAAGACUGCAACCGACUCCGUCAACAGCCGCCGGGCGUUUGGCUUAAGAUCAAGGGAGAUGUCUUUGAAGCCUACGUUGCAGCGGUUGUCUUGUCUCAUCCGGAUGGGUUUGACGUUGCCAAAAAAUGGUUGACUCAAUUGUGGGAGCCCAAAAUCGAGGCCGUGUCAGCAAAGCCUCCGCCCUCAACCAAUUCCAAAAACGAACUCGCCAGGAAGAUAUCAGGCGCUGGCAUCAGGAUCAACUAUGUGGACGAGCGACCACCCAUCAUCCACUACGGGAAAGGAACCGAGACACAUUUUGUGGGAGUCUAUUUGACAGGUUGGGGUUGGGAGAAUCAGUACCUGGGCAGUGGGAAAGGGUUGAGCAAAGUCGAAGCCGGACAAGCUGCGGCGGCCGCGGCUCUGGACAAUCAUCCCCUGAUCGAUGAGAUAGCUGCUAAACGGACCGCUUUCUACGCAUCAAAGAAAGCUGGGGAGACACAAACACCAGACGCAGAUAAGUGAAGUCGACCUCUGCCUUGUUUGUGGCAUCACACGGUCAAGAUGCUGCCACCAUGCCACUCUACACCUAGCUGCAGGGUCAAUCCUGGAAUAAGUGGCAGAUGAAAAGGUGAUGCAGCAUGUAACAAUUCCUAAUACUGAUUUUCCGACUCAACUGUCAAUGGUGGUACCAGACAAGCCUUACGCUGGCCAGAAUCCGCGGUAAUUAGAUGACCUGCUCGCUUUGUAUGGGUGAGACCAUGGUAUCGACGCUGGAGUCCUCUGUUCGUGGAAGGAGACAUACUCAUAAGGGAGUCCGGUGGCACUCCAUCACAAUAAGUAGGCGAGCCACAUCUAGUCCAAUCUGACAAACAGCUUGGACAGCGCCGAAGCUUCCGGCGGCCCGAACAACCUCAUCAUACAUCACGAUGCCCACGGGCGUCUUUGUCAAUGAUCAGUCAAAGGCAUCCGAAUCCGACUCUCCAUGCCUAUUUCCCCCGCAUGCCACUUUUACCCUCCGAGGCGGAGUGAAAAAUUCCCUGUUCACUUCAUCCUGUCCAGGAUCUUGGUCAUGCUCCAGAUCGAGUUGCUGUUGGAGCGGACUUGCUUCCGCUUGGGAAAUCACUCUUCGAAGCUUGGGUGUUUGCAGCUCUGGAAUCCGUGGUGGUGGCUGGGCGGCCUGGACAUCCGUGGGAACUGGCUCGAUGGAUUUCUUCUUCCGAUGCACAAUGCGUGAGAAAAACCGGUCGACCUUUUUCCAUGUUCGCAUGCGCCUUCCUUUCGUCCCGGCGUCAAAGAUUUCCACCUGCUCUCCCUCUGGUCGCCCACAAGCUGCCUCUGUCAAAUCAGCACAAUACGUUGCUGCCGGGACCGAAGCCGAGCUGGGUCGGUUUAUAUCCAGUGUCUCUCCAGCCAUGGAAGCCGGCGUCCUUUCCCCCUUGACGGCUUCUGAGCUUAUCUGCGUCGGGGAUGUGGGAACCUGAGGUGUCGGGAUCAGUGGCAUGUCGCUAUAUUCUCCAUCUAUCGUUCCCUGAGGGAGUACUUCCUGGGUCGUGUUACCCUUGGUGCCCUCCCAGCUUCCUCUUGGCAACUUCGGCGAUGAUGUUGGGGCCGACACCGCGCCGGUCGUAUUAUGUUCGGUGUUCUUGCUGUCGAUAAUGAUCGGCACUGGUGCUUCUCCUGCCGUACAGUCAUGGCUUCUGGUCGUUGGCGAUGAAGAUACAGUCUGUCCCGGUGGCUGUGCCGUUUCCGCGGUCACUGGAGCAGCACCCUCGACCUCCUGCACUGCAAUUUUCGCGGCCUCGUUCAUUUCUUCAAGGCUCCCGCCACCUGCAACCUCCAAGCUUGAUUCUAUGCUUGUCGCCGGCUCCACAGACUCGACGCCUUGCGUCGCAAUAUCAUUCGCUUGCUGUUGAUAUAACAACGGUUCGGGCGAAGCAUAGCGAUAACUGAACCCUUCGCCAUCCUGGACAAUCUCGAAUAACCCGCCACUUCGUCCCGCUGCCAUGCGGCGUUGUCGACGGGUUUCCCUUGCGUCGACGUCUGUUGUUGGUUCCAUUUUGGCCAGGGUUUUCACUAUUGCCUACCACGAGCAACCCCAGGGCGCCGCUUCUGUGAAUGUGAAUUUAUGGUUCUUCCCCACGAUGAGUUGACUGUCGUGGAAGGAUCCUCUGGGAUUGCAUUGAUGUUGCUGUUGCCGUUGGCGGACGACUUGAUAGCAGCAAGACAGAACCCAAACUCAAACAAGGCAAACCAAUGCAGUGGCCGGGAGCCCGCCCCAGACCCUGGAUUGUCAACGAUGAUACGGUAUUGUGUAUGUAAACACAACCGCCACAGUCUCCGGCUCUGGUUUCUGGUGUCUACUGUAUGAAUUGUCUAUGGUUGCCGAUUGUCAAUUGUCGAUUAUGCCGGGGUAGUUGUUGUUGGCGGAUUGGGUGUCCAAACAUGCAUGAAUAUUUCUCACUGCCUACCUACCUGCAUCACAACACAUCAACCUCCCGGCAACCGAGUUUCGGCAUAUCACAGCAUUGCUAUUCACUUGCAAGGUUUGCCAAUUUACGUUAAGGAUACAUACAUACUGGCGCGUAUGGUGAAUGGGGAACGACGCGGCGGGAGAAGGGAACAACCGGACUAGUUGUUAAGUCAGAUCACAACAAUAUGGAGCAAAUUGUAUUGACUUUGGAUUGAAUUGAAUUGGAAACGAUGCUGGGGGCUGCCAAAGUGAAGUCCAUGUUUACGUGUGAAGGUUCCUUGAUUACCACCUACGACAGGUACGGUACUUAAGCGAGCAAAAUGAACCACUUUUCCAAGACAGCCUUGGGAUACCGAACUGUCAUUUAGUACUCUAGCAAUAGCGAUAAGAGCAACAAGUAACAAUAUUCAUCAUUGCUCUGUAGCGAGAGAACGGCUUGCCACUGACAAGUCCGCUACAUGACAUCUCCUUUCCCAUUGC